UCCGGCAAGUUCUAGUCAGUCUAUCUUUAGCUUUUGACUGAAUCAGUAUAUUUUUUGAAUAGAGCUAUGGAUUUCUUUUACCAGCUCGACAAAGAGUUCCUUUUAAACGAAGAGGCGUUCCCGAGUACCCCAUACGAUCCAAUUUAUCAAAUCGACCGAUGGCACAAGUUCAUGCCGCACCUCCGCUUCAGGAACGGCGUACGCUUGAAGAAGAAAAGUCUCUCCAAACGACUGGCAGUCGUUCUCGAAGAUAACUCUUGUGCAGAUUUCCAGGUUGAGGUGGCCGGCACAAAGUUCAAGUGCUAUCUCCUGGCCUUGCGUUUAUUCUGUCGCAUGUUCCGCGACAACUCGUUCAGCCCCGGGGACUGCAUUAAGUUCUCCGAUGAGCUGAUAAGCCCCGAUUGCUUCGCGGUCGCCUAUGCCUGGAUGACCCAGGACGAGAUCUACUGCAAGAGCGAUAUGAUUCUGGAUCUGCUUCAGGCCGCAAAGUUUCUCAUUUGCCCGGAGCUGAGUCGCAGCAUUUACGAUUGUCUGAACGAUCAUAACAACUACAGCGAACUGGAGGCUUUUGAUUGUUACGGCCUGGCCAUGAAGCGAGGAAUGACUCAGGUGGCGGAACUGAUGCUGCUACGGGUCGGCAAGUGCUUCCUGAUCCUUGUGGGAACUUUGGACUUUCUCGAACUUAGUGUGGAUCAUUGCAGACUUCUGCUGGGCUCUAACUUUUUGGCUGUGCAGUCUGAAAUAGAGACCUUCUAUGCCGCUCUCAUUUGGAUAUAUUACAAUUAUGAAGAACGCAAACAGUACAUCGGACGUGUCCUAGAAAGCGUCAGAUUCACUUGGCUGCCGCCUCUAUUUCUUCUCUUUUGGUCGGAUUAUCUCCGGGAUUUGGAUCAAGAUCUGGCAGAUCAGCUGUGCGCCUGCCUGGACACAGCCAUGGCCCUUCAGCAGUGCGAGGUCCUUACUCCGUCCAUUGGCCACGAGGAGAGCGUUGGCAGCCGUGUCUGGAUCCGGGACCCCCGUUGUCGUUACUUAAAACACUUGAAACUGGGAUACCCCAACAGCAUAAGCGUCGAAAUAUUCGUCGAGUACGUCCGUUCGAUUCAGGCGGAGCCCAAUAAGUUCCGUGCCCGCUUGGAGAAUGCCGAAAAGCCGUCGUGGCGUACUCCUGAUGUCAUGCCAAAGAACGAGAACUUCGAUAUUGAAAAGAUUAAAAAGGAUAAGGCAUCUGUCGAUCUUUUGGUUGAAAAAAGAUUCUCAGGAAUUUUUAAAAAGAAAAUACCGAAAGCUGUGGUGGGAUCACCCACAACAAGUACUUCGGUUAGCGAGACUGAGAUGAGUACUUCAGAUACCACUCUUAAUAAGUUUAUGCCGGCGGAAUUCUCGUCAUUGGAUGAUGUCGAAGGGCGCUUAUGGCCAAACAUCGUAAAACAACAUAGAACAGAAAAUCUUUAUAGUUAUGAACGUCCUGAAGGAUACCAACACUUACCCAACAGAAAACCCAUCACAAAGAAAAAUAAACCUAUCAUGAAACCUAGCCAAAAAAUACAAAACCAAAAUAUUCCACCAAAAACGUAAAUUACACCAGGAUUUUUCACUUUUUUAGACAUACACAUCCCAAACACACCUUCCCUUUUUCCACGUUGAUAAAAUUUUUUGUGUAACUCUGUUAUAAAGAAUAUAAU